CCCAGCAUUCCAAGCUACAGUCUUGCCGAAGCAGGCAGAGGAGACGUAAGUGGACUGAGCUAGUGCAGUAUUGUGCUUUUUUCAUACAUAGAAAUGUCCCUAAACAGUAAGAAGAGAAAGUUGGAUAGAAGUGCACAGGAUAACGUGUAUUUCGAAAGCUAUUCUGAUGUUACUGUACACGAAGAGAUGAUUGCAGAUAAGGUCCGCACCAAUUCGUACAGGUUGGGCAUUUUAAAGAACUAUAAGGCAAUCAAGGGUAAAGUUGUGUUGGAUGUGGGUGCAGGAACAUGCGUACUGAGUAUUUUUUGCGUACAUGCUGGGGCUAAAAUGGUAUAUGCAGUGGAAGCGAGUGCUAUAGCCGAGCAAGCAAAGGAAAUUGUGAAGUUAAAUAAGAUGGAAGAUAAAAUCACCAUCAUAAAAGGUAUGCUGGAGACAGUAGAGCUGCCAGAAAACGUGGAUGUGAUUGUCAGCGAGUGGAUGGGGUAUGCAUUGUUGCACGAAUCCAUGUUGAAUUCUGUACUUUUUGCUCGAGAUAAAUGGCUAAAGCCAGGUGGUUGCAUAUUGCCCUCCGUAGCUGAACUUUAUAUUGCCCCUAUAAAUGAUCCCGUGGUCGAGGAUCGCUUGAAUUUCUGGAGCACGGUGAAAGACCAGUAUGGUGUGGAUAUGACGUGCAUGUAUGACUUUGCGAGGAAGUGCAUCAUGAUGACUAGUGAGAUCGCUGUGAACUCCGUCACAAUGGAAGAUGUGCUGUCCCACCCUGCUAAGUUUGCCGAGCUGGAUUUGCAUACAGUAACCACAGAACAACUUGAAAGCGUGAAGGGCAGUUUCAACUGCGAGUGCUUUGGUUCCUCUUCUGUUAAUGCUUUAUGCAUUUGGUUUUCGGUGACUUUCCCAGGUGAAGACAGACCGUUAGUCCUGUGCACGUCCCCAUUUAAACAGGAAACCCACUGGAAACAAUCCAUUUUGUAUCUGGAUGAAGCAGUUGAAGUUACACAGGACACCAAGGUCGCAGGAGAAAUCACCUUGUCUCCCUCGGUGAAAAACCCAAGGCAUUUAUGCGUCCACUUGGACUAUUCGAUAGGAGAGUAUACAAAUAAGUCAAAGACAUUCUCAAUGGGAGACGGGUACCCAGACGCCGAGUAAAAAAGAAAAAAAAUGAAAUCUGAAAAAAUGACUUUUUUUUUUUUUCUGACCAACGUGCUCAAGUUUGUGUAUAAUUACAAUAUGCAAUGACAAAAACAAUUUUAUAGUUACAAAAAAUAAUAAUAAAAUACAGAAUUGGUUUGGGAGGUGUGUGUAACCAAGUGUUGUGGAAAAGUAAACUUCAUUAAAAAAUAAAUAAAUAAAUAAAUGGUGUCUUGCUGUGUGCCACAGAACUCAAUGGAAUUAGCACAUUAUAUGAAUAGGUCACUUUUAGAUUGAUACUGUCUACAUUUUCCUAAUUAACAUCUUGGUUAAUAUCUUAUGUAUGAUCUGUUUGGUUCUCUAUUGUUGCUUUGAUAUUUAUUUGCUGUGCUUUAAUAGGUAUUCAAGAAAAAAAAAAUGCUUCUGAAUAGACUUUUCAAGGCUGAUUCCAGGGAAGAGGUGGGGAAUAAUAUUAAUGUUCUGUUGUGCACUGCAGCCUCUGCAACACUGAUAUGCUUUCCCCACUAUUAGUCCUAAGAAAUAUUUUCAGAAGCCUUUGUUGGAAUAGUUUAUAGGCAUGGUAGAUAAUGAUCAAAGCAGAAAUAUCAGCAUAUAUUGUAUUUUUAUUUUCUCAAAUGAACCAUAAAUACAGAUGGUUUAUAAA